AUGGCAGUGGAAAUAAGGGAUAAAGUGGGAGCUUGGCCACCAAAACUAAGGACGAAAGAUCAGUUGUUAGAAGAUGACCAUGGUCAGAAUCCUAUCAGCAGCAAAGCUGACCCAAAUAAUUUUAGAGACUGUAUCUAUGUAAAAGCUGAGGUAGACAGUGGUGAAGUAAGUCUUGCAAACAAGAAGCCAUUUGCCGUGUGUCAGAAGAAGAGAUGCAAGACAAAGGUCUACCCUGAUGAACUUCCAAACACAAGUGUAGUCAUUGUGUUUCACAAUGAAGCUUGGAGCACUCUCCUUCGAACUGUUUACAGUGUUAUAAAUCGUUCCCCACGCUAUCUGCUCUCUGAGGUCAUCUUGGUAGAUGAUGCCAGUGAAAGAGAUUUUCUCAAGUUGACAUUAGAGAAUUAUGUGAAAAAUUUAGAGGUGCCAGUAAAAAUUAUUAGAAUGGAAGAACGCUCUGGAUUAAUACGUGCCCGCCUUCGAGGAGCAGCCGCUUCAAAAGGGCAGGUCAUAACUUUUCUCGAUGCACACUGUGAAUGCACGUUAGGAUGGCUGGAGCCCUUGCUGGCGAGAAUAAAAGAAGACAGGAAAACAGUUGUAUGCCCCAUCAUUGAUGUGAUUAGUGAUGAUACCUUUGAAUAUAUGGCUGGGUCAGACAUGACUUAUGGGGGCUUUAACUGGAAACUGAAUUUCCGUUGGUAUCCUGUUCCCCAAAGAGAAAUGGAUAGGAGAAAAGGAGAUAGAACAUUACCUGUCAGGACCCCUACUAUGGCUGGUGGCCUAUUUUCUAUUGACAGAAACUACUUUGAAGAGAUAGGAACUUACGAUGCAGGAAUGGAUAUCUGGGGUGGAGAGAAUCUUGAAAUGUCUUUUAGGAUUUGGCAAUGUGGAGGCUCUUUGGAGAUCGUGACUUGCUCCCAUGUUGGUCACGUUUUUCGGAAGGCAACUCCUUACACUUUCCCUGGUGGCACUGGCCAUGUCAUCAACAAAAACAACAGGAGACUAGCAGAAGUUUGGAUGGAUGAAUUUAAAGAUUUCUUCUAUAUCAUAUCCCCAGGUGUUGUCAAAGUGGAUUAUGGAGAUGUGUCAGUCAGAAAAACACUGAGAGAAAAUCUGAAGUGUAAGCCCUUUUCUUGGUACCUUGAAAACAUCUAUCCAGACUCCCAGAUCCCAAGACGCUAUUACUCACUUGGUGAGAUAAGAAAUGUUGAAACCAACCAAUGUUUAGACAACAUGGGCCGCAAGGAAAAUGAAAAAGUGGGUAUAUUCAACUGUCAUGGUAUGGGAGGAAAUCAGGUGUUUUCUUAUACUGCUGACAAAGAAAUCCGAACCGAUGAUUUGUGCUUGGAUGUGUCUAGACUCAGUGGACCUGUAAUCAUGUUAAAAUGCCACCACAUGAGAGGAAAUCAGUUAUGGGAAUAUGAUGCUGAGAGGCUCACCUUGAGACAUGUUAACAGUAACCAAUGCCUCGAUGAACCUUCUGAAGAAGACAAAAUGGUGCCUACCAUGCAGGACUGUAGUGGAAGCAGAUCCCAGCAAUGGCUGCUAAGGAACAUGACCUUGGGGGCAUGAAGAUUGUUUCCCCAAAGCCAUGAACGCGUCUACACUUUUGUUUUUUCCAUUAUUUCAGUUAGGGAAAAAUAUUAACUUUGCUGAAUUGAAAGUUUUAAAAUCCUUUUAGUAUUCUAAAAUACAGUUGUUUAUAAUUCAUUUUUAGGAAUGUUUGCUUAUUUCCCUACUAAAAUUUGUAUCUGAUCAAAGAAGCACAUAAAAUAUAUAAAUAACAGCAAACUGUUAUUAAACAU